AUGACUGUGUGCUCACAUCCUCUUUACAUCGUAAUUCAGAUGGUUUACAUCUAUUACAACAGCUGGUAAUACUUUGGAAUAUAUCCGCUUUUGUCUUUUUUGAAGACGAGUUUCAGUGAAGUAUACAAUAGUCGACAUAGCACGGUGUAGUAACGCAGGUGACAACAAUGUUCAAGUAGUGUGUGAUACAAUACAGCGAUCAACACAUGAUAAGACUUAGUCUUAGGAAGUAAGACACAAAACUGGCCGAGGUUGAAAACGUGAAUAGAACCGAGGAUAAGUUUAGUCUGAAGAGUGCACCAAUUGGGAUCGGCGGGUGUGUUUAAAAUGAAUAAUUUGGACUAUAAGCAAAGGGGAAGUAGACGUCACUGUGUAUUAUUGGUGGCCGCCAUAUGGACAGUGGUCGCAGUAGACGUCGUGCAGGGUAACGGACGGCUGGUCUCCCCUCCUAUGAGGUCCAGCGCGUGGAGAUUUGGGUUCCCCACCCCCAGAAAUUACGACGAUCACGCUCUGAACUGCGGUGGAUGGCAUAACCUGUGGGAGGUAAACAACGGACACUGUGGGGUAUGUGGCGACCCCUUCCAGGGCCCCAGAGAUAACGAGGCAGGGGGCAGGUUUGCCACGGGGUACCUGACUGCCGUCUUUACACAGGGGCAAACCAUACAAACUGUAAUUGAAUUCACCGCAAACAAACUCGGGGGAUGGAUCGAGUUCCGUGUGUGCCCUGUGGAAAACGAAACUGUUCCCGUGACACAAGCUUGUCUUGACCAGCAUCUGCUACGGUUUAUGGAUGGCAGUGCACGCCACCCUUUACCUGUGAACUUUACGACUGGGUAUCAUAGCUAUAGUUUACAACUACCGUACGACGUGCAUGGGUUCCACUGUGUGUUGCAAUGGAAGUACGUUACAGCCAAUAGUUGGGGAUUGGAUGCAGCGACGGGGAAGUAUUGCCGAGGGUGUGGCGCUCAGGAGACGUUUUACAACUGUGCCGAUAUUGCCAUUCUUGAAGGCGACACGACGACCACCUCAGCAGCAACAACAACAAAAACAACAAGGGCUGCGAGCACAGCGCAGUCAGCUACCACACAGUCAUCGUCAUCAACUACAUCGCCGAUAACUUCUCCUGUUACAGACACGGCAAUGCCUGCUUUGCCAACUACGCCAUUAGCAGCGCUCACAUCGACACAGCGACCAACAUCAACCAGAACAACAAUUUCACCACCUUUAAACAGUACCGGUACACUCACAGAAACAGCAACACAGAUAAUGACAACACUUGAACUGACGACCCUAACAACAUCGACACUGCCAACAACAAUGAUGUCAACAUCAAAACCAACGAUAACACCACCUGCUACCCCGCCCAUAUCAACAUCAAAAUUGACAACACACUCUACCACACCAACUUCAACACCAAUAAUAACAACAUUUACUACCACAUCAACGUCAACACCGCCAACAAAAACAAAUGUCACCACCCCAACGCCAACACCGACAACAACGAAGCAUACUACCACACAAAUAUCAAACCCGACAGCAACGACAUAUUCUACCACACCAACUUCAACACUGACAACAAGAACGCACACGGCCAUUCCAACAGCAACACCGACAACAACAAUACUUAGUACCACACCAACAUUAACACCGACAACAACAACAACAACAACUACUACUACAACGCAUACAUCAAUACCAACAACAAGAACACUUACUACCACACCAACAUCAACACCAGCAACAACAAAAAUUACUACCACACCAACAUUAACACCGACAAUAACAACAACGAUUACUGCCACGCAUACGUCGACAACAACGACACAUCCUACCACUUCCACAUCAACACCUACAACAACGACACUUACUACCACUCCCACAUCAACACCAAAAAAAACGACACUUACUACUACUCCCACAUCAACACCAAAAACAACGGCACUUUCUACUACUUCCACAUCAACACCAACAACAACGACACUUACUACUACUUCCACAUCAACACCAAAAACAACGACACUUACUACUACUUCCACAUCAACACCAACAACAACGACACUUACUACUACGCCCACAUCAACAACGUCAACAAAGGCAUAUUCUACCACAACAACUUCACCAGGGACAACAGCAACGAUCACGACUAAACUUUCAACACCAUCAACAACGACACAUACUACUAUGCCCACAUCAACGACUCUUGUAUCAACCAAUAAGCCAAUAGCUUCGACGGCUACCCAAACAGCUUGGACGACUGCGACCCAAACAGGAACACCAACCCCGGGAAUAACAGAGGCGAUGCAAACAACAGCAACAGUGUUGACAAGAAAUGAUACAUUCUCAAGAUCUUCCACGGCUCCCACUACAAUAGAACCUACAACUACAACCAGAUCCACCGCCUCAGCCAAAAUGACAACAUUAGCGCAAAUAACAACAACGCCGAUAAUAACAACAGACGGGGGAACCACAGCACCAGCAAUUAAGACAGCAGCGUCAAUGACGCCAACAGGGGGUACCAGGAGGACAACAACGAUGAUUAUUCCACCAGUAGCAGAUAUAACAACAUCAACCAAGCCGACAGGAACAGUGUUGCCAUCUUUUUCAACAGCAACAGUUACAACUAGAGGUACACCGACAACAACAAGUACAUCAAAUACAGCAUCAACAGCAGCGUCAACAACUAUAACCCAAUCCUUACCAGUAACUUCUGCUUCAACGACGACGACGUCAACGACAACAAAAACACCAACCGCGUCGACAAUGAACACCUCAACAGCUAUUAUCUCAACGACAGCAACAUCUGGACAGACAACAAUGUCAGCAUUACUGCAAACAACAAAAAUAUCAACAAGGACGCCAGUAGAGAUCACAAGGACAAGCUCAACCGCAGCAGUACCGACUUCAGAGGUUAUAAUACAGGAAGGAGCAGGAACUUCACCACUAGCAACAGCAACACUAAAUGAUCUUCUUCUCGUGUCGUCAACUCCUGAUAUACCUCGUAUUAGCGUCUCACAAACGAGGUCGGAGUCAACAACAUCUAAGUCUACAAUAUAUGAAUACCCGACAUCAACAACAUUCGCACAAACUACAACUUCUUCAAAGGCAUCUGGAGAAGCUGAAGCUACCACCAUUUCACCAUCUGUAAGGAGUACUGUUACACUGCCAUCGACGACAGCUUCAGCCGUAUCAAGUACAAAUCCCUCCUCACUGUUGAGCAGCGAGUAUGCAACGCCAUUAACGACUGCGGCGAUAUUUUCCUCAACAACAAACCCAGUGACACCUUCCUCAGUGGCGCCCUCUGUUUCAAUUCCCGGAGAUAUCUCUUCCACUGUCACAACCACUGGGAUAUCAGCCACGGCCGAAGACACAUCAUUGACAGGGAUGUCCACAGUGACAACGGCACAGGCUAUAGGCCACAAUACUUCACCUGUGCCUGCAUCAACUAUGGCAGAAAUAUUCAUUACUGGUGCUACAGCUUCUAAUGGAAUAACCACAACCGUGCCCCCAAGAACCAAACCCAAUGUGGAUAAAGGCCGCAAGCCCAAAGUGUGCUUUCCAGUCCCAGUUGGUGACAGUAAACGUGAACGUCACUCCUGGUUAAAGUGUCUAAACCUUUGCCGUACGCCUGGUACAUGUCCUAAAGAUCAAUGCCAAUGUAUUACUGACCACAAUGAGUACCUCCUUCUUCGAUCACAUUACACGUCUUGUCGUGGAAAUACUGAGGAGAAAGCGUUUUGCAUAUCGUGGUGCCGAAGAUUUUUUACAUGUCCGGAUAUAUGCAAGUGUUGGUAUGAGUCGUAUCUUUACAAAUUCUCCUAACAUCAUAUCGAUGAGACCACUGCAUAUGCAGCCUAUAUCAAAGUUAAGUCAUGCAAUAACAUGUUCUAUUUUAAAGUGUCCAAAUGUUGAGGACCAUGAAAAUGGUUAUAGCCAUUAGUACACGGUGGUCUUAUGAACAUCUUGCUCCGUGUGCGAAUAAAGUGAAGUAAAAAAAAAAACUUCUGGACAUUGGAAUCUGGCGAACAAUUGGCUAAAAUAGUGCAUCAUCGAAACACGUUGUUAAAAGCCUCAAACGUGUAUCUUGGAAUGUGACGUCAUAAUGCAUUUGCAUUGCCUGGAGGCUGGAUUGAGACAGCGUGUCCUUUAUUGUUCAUUCGCCCCACCCAAUGCAUUUUUUUUUUUGCAGAAAGUGAUUUUAGUAAAGACUCGAACUUUUUUCGGAUAGCUAGUGUAUAUACAAAUGAAUACUGACAUAUACCCAAAGCUUGGUUUAUGAACUACGCAUUGUUUAAGUAAAGUUUACCUUUAAGAUUUGUCGUCAAGUGAUGUGUAUUUAGCUACCUUUUUCAUGAAAAGUGAAAGAGGCAUAUCUUGUAAAUAAAACUUUCUAUCAUAAUAAAUACACAUGAUGUAAACUGUUUACAUGUCCAACUGAAGAACCGCAAACUAAGUCAACGUUACGCAGUAAGUCUGCCAUUUACCUCCUAAAGCGUGUCACUAAUUCAUUAUAUCUCAGGGUGCUCUUAUAGUAUGUCUUAUGCUGAUCCUAUAUUCUGUAUGCACUGUAUCUCACAUUCAAACCCUGUUAUAAUUAGAUUAACUUGAGGAUAGAAAUAUAUUUUCAAUUUAAAUCAAGAUUUUUGAAAUAAAGGUAUCCUUUGGGUUUUUUUGUUACCAGUGAUGUGCGAAACAUUCAUAACGAAGUAAUUUUACUCGAUUACUCAUGAUAUUAAAC